CCCCAUUCCCCUUGAUCAGCAUGGUGGGCCUGUGCACGGCAGGCCAUACGCAGAUGCAGAUGUAGCCGCGAGGAGGUGCGCGUCGGGGCGAGGAAGGUGGACACAGGAGGAGAAGAGAUGGGUUGCAGCGCUCAGCAGAUGGGAUCGUGGGGGUCCGAUGCUGGGCUGACCCUGCAGCCGCGCGGGCGCGAGGUUUACGCGCUGGGGUUCAUCCCCGUGGGCACGGCCACCGGCUCGCAGCCCCGCCGCCACGACACCUCCUCCGUUGCCCCUCAUCGCCGCUGGCCAGGGUCUUUGCCGCUCGAGCCAGAUCUGCGACGAUGCUGGAUGGGCCCCCCCCCGUGGCCAGGUCUCCGACGACAUGAUUUUGGCAGCCCGGGUCGUUCACUCGAUCUUGGCAUCCGGGGCCGUUUGUCGGGCCCGGGGGCCAUCAGAAAUGGAUCGAUCUCCGACGACAUCGUUUUUCUCCACCGGCGUUGUUCCUCGAUUUGAGCCUCCGAGGGGGCCGUUUUCGGGCCAGGGAGCCGUCAGAAAUGGACAGCGAUCUCCGACGGCCCGGCUUUUCAGCUGGCGUUUCGUGCUCAAGUCGGCCUUGGGUCCGCGCAUCGAGUCCAUCGUCUCGUCAGUCGUGAGCGGCCCCGUGCUCGCCGCUGGAGCUGCGGCCGGCGCGGCCGCUGGCGCCGUCCUCGCGGCGCCGCUGUACUGGUCCUGGAGGCGACGGGCGCAAGAAGCUCACCGGGCAGAGCUGCGCCUUCAGCCUGGGCCGCUCGGAGCGCAUCUAGGGCGCGCGGACUUCCUAGACCUCGUGACCCGAGCAGACCUCUUCGAGGAGGCAGAGCGGAGGGCACAAGAAGAAGAGGCCGCCAAGAAGGCAAAGGCCGCUGCUGCAGAGGCCGAAGCAGAGGAGCGCGAGAGGGCUGAGGAGUCCGAGAGGGCUGCCGCGAGAGAGAAGGAGAAGGAGAGAGAGAAGGAGAAGGAGAAAGAGAGGGAGAAGGCGAAGGAGAAAGCAACGCAGAAAGAUCCCGACAAGGCGGGGGAGGACGAGGAGGCCGACAAGGUCGAGAAGGAGGAGGAUGGCAAGAGGCCAGGUCCGCAGGAUGACAAGAAGUCGAGCCCACCUGCUGAUGACAAGGACGACGCGGCGGCGGCGGCGAAGCCUGGCGACGAGCGCUCGGCGGCCGAGACGGCGGGCGCCCCGGCGACGGACGGCGCGGCGCCUGCGCCGGAGCGGCCUGGGAAGCAAGAGGCGAGCGCCAGCCCUCCUGCCAAGGGCAAGCAGCGCAAGCGCAGCCCUAGCAAGGAGCGCCAGAAGCGCAGAAGUCCCAGCAGGCGUGCCGAGCGCAAGCGGAGCCGCAGCCGGCGCCACAGCGGCGCCAGGGGCGCCAGGCGCAGCCGGAGUCGCAGGCACAGCCGCAGCCGCAGGAGACCGGGAGGCCGCGGCCGCUCCCGCUCCGCCUCCAGGGACCGCAAGAGGAGGUCGGCCUCCAGAGGAGGCCGCAAGAGGAAGUCCGCGUCCCGAGAGAGGAGGAGGCCCGAGGCGAAGGAGAAGCCCAGGGAUCGAGACAAGGAGAAGAAAAGCAAUAAAGAUCAGAAAGAGUCCAGAGCAGAGAAGGCCGCAGCGUCCCCUGACAAGG